ACACGCCGUGCCGGCUCGGGCCGGCGCGCGCCGGUCCCGGAGGCGCAGGCCACCUUCUUGAAAUCAUGAAUCCUGUUUAUAGCCCUGGAUCUUCUGGGGUUCCCUAUGCAAAUGCCAAAGGAAUUGGAUAUCCAGCUGGUUUUCCUGUGGGCUAUGCAGCAGCGCCUGCCUAUUCUCCUAACAUGUACCCCGGAGCGAAUCCUACCUUCCAAACAGUGCUGGAGAUUGAACCCAGGGUCUUGCACAUGUUAGGCUAUACUCCUGGCACGCCUUACAAAGUGUCCUGUUCCCCAACCAGCGGAGCUGUGCCACCGUACUCCUCCUCUCCCAAUCCUUACCAGACGGCUGUGUACCCAGUGAGAAGUGCCUACCCCCAGCAGAGCCCAUAUGCCCAGUUGUCUCUGUUUUCUCCACAGCAAGGCGCGUACUAUACACAACCUCUGUAUGCAGCACCUCCUCAUGUCAUUCACCACACCACAGUGGUGCAGCCCAAUGGCAUGCCAGCAACUGUCUACCCUGCUCCUAUCCCACCUCCUAGAGGCAGCGGGGUCACCAUGGGCAUGGUUGCUGGGACCACGAUGGCCAUGUCAGCAGGUACCCUGCUGACUGCUCAUUCUCCAACUCCUGUAGCCCCUCACCCAGUCACUGUCCCCACGUACCGAGCCCCAGGAACACCCACGUACAGCUAUGUGCCCCCGCAGUGGUGAUUGCCCUGCAAAUUAAUAUUUGAGGAUGGAGCUGUGCAGUCACUUCAUUGAGUUCCACAGCUGGUGCUGCGGGCCUUGUGCCUCCAACCAGGACUUUCUUCUUAAUGCUCCGACACUUAGCUAAACACGACUGCGUCCCAGCCCAGCAGGUCCCAGCUCGCUAGUCUCCAACUAACUCUGUGGGUUGGUUUUAAAGCAAAUCCUGUUUUGUGGACUGCCUGGCAAAUUUUUUAGCUAACUGUAAUGAUAAAAAAGGGAGUAUUACUCUAUUCUGAAUCCUAUCUAGUUGAAUGCAUGUUUAUCAAAACAAAAACAAAGCUUGCUCAAUCUACCUGCAGUGACUGAUGCAAAACCACCAUAUGCAAAACCCAAAGGACUGGUCUGUGUUCACAGCCUGUUACUCAUGCACCUCUCGGAUGUAUGCUGAGUCUCAGUUACACUCGUGCAAGGGAUAUCCUCACUGAAGCGUGGGGAGUACUGGACGGGACUCUUAGGGUGCUGGGGUUGCCAGUUAUGGACACAGACUUGUAGCUUUCAGCAGCCUGGUUUUUUGGCACUAACUGACUGAUCCUGGAGGGAGCUGCAGGGACUGGGAGAGAGAGAGUGUGAGCCUGCAGCAGCUCCAGAUAGCAGCAGCAGGGAUAGUGGGGCCCCUUCUCCUUCAUUUCAGCUGGAGUGUGCUCUGGGAAGCAGGGAUCUACCUGAAGCUUAUCAGGAAAUACAGGAGCUUGGUAACCAGUCCAGCUGGGGUGAAGAAUGGUCUGUGUGUCAGAGCAGUGUCUGCCAUCUGAGUUUCCGCUGUAUGUCUUACAGGAUAAUGUUUUGUGUAUCUGUUGGGACUGUUGGAAAAGUCCAUUGUAGAAGUAAACUGUCUUCCUAGGAGGGAAGAUGUCAAAGAGAAGCAGCCACACUGAGGCAGUGUUGCCUUUUGCUUUAUUUCACUUAGGGAACCAUUCCUUUUUUCUUCUGAGAAUAAUUGAGUCAGCUAAAGACACAGGCACUGCUGUAUUCUCCCACAAAGACUUCAGCCAUGUGCUGAGGAGAGUGUUGUACAUUUAAGACUGGUUACAAGGGAAUACGUGUAUUUUUAAGUUAGUUCCUCAUGUUUCUUGUAGAGAAGCAGGGCUGUGAUUAUGUCUAAAAAUGUAGAGAUAAUGUAGCUUGUCUUGGGGUCUUUCACCCAAGGAUGACCUGCCCUCUGUGACUAGCGGGGUGAGGCCUGGGAAGCCUGCGGAAGUGGUUUGUGAGCCCCUUUUCCACUCUCUUCUGUAGCUGAUGGCAGUCAGUACCAAGCUGAUGUGGAAAGCAGAAAGGAAGGGCCAGGCAGGUGAGGAAUGCGCUUGCCUGGAAGACUCUAUGGUGGGAAAGAUUUUGAGUGUGUACAUAAGAAAUCACGAGGGUUCUUUUUGCCUGAAUAUGCCCAACUUGAAUCUGUGAGAGUGUUUUUGUUCAGUGUGGGUCAAAGGGGCGGGGCAUGAGGACCUCUCUGGGGUCUGUCAAUUGGGGGUGUGCUUUUUAUCUUUUUUUUCAACCCCAUUGAAUUGCUAGGGCUUUGGUUGGAAGAGGUGCUUGUCUCUGGCAGCUAAGUCAGGGCUUCUGUGUUGGUGUGAGGUCACCUUAGUAGCAGUCAGCUUGGCUAGAGGGUGGGUCACCUGAAUAUUGAACCUUUUGUGACCUAAUUUUUAUAGUAAUGCUCUCCAUAAUUUUUUUUUAGCAUUUUAUUUUUUGAGAAGUUUAGGAAGAUUUUUGCAUGAAUCAGUGUGAACAGAAGAUUCCUCAUUCCUUAUGUCCAUGAACAUAGAAUGUUUAUGGAUAAGUAUGUUUAAUUGCCUCAUGAGCACUUAAGUGGUGUGAGUGUGUGUGUGUGUGUGUGUGCACGUGUGUGUGCGCGCGCUUGGGUGUGGGUGUGCAUGGGGGGAGGGGUAGCACAAGAAAGCACACACUGCACAGAGAUAGAAACAUUCGCUGUGGCACAUAGCCUACAUCUGUACUUCCUUGUUGGGAUUCCCAUCCCUGCAGUGGAUGAUGUGCAGUGUUGGUAGUUCCAAGGUUUCCCGGACUCAACAGACAGAAGGUUGUCUCCCAGGUGAAUAAUCACAGAUCAGAACAAAUGAACCUGUGACUUUCACAUGUGUUUGAAGAAGUCCCCUUACCCACCCCCAACUAAACAUAGCUAUCUCCCUGCCUGGGAAGGGUAUAGUUUUUUGCCUACAGCAGGAAGUACCAAGUCUUAGGGCUGCUUGCAGCUGUACACAGUGUGUGUUUCGAAACAGGCCCCAAGUUCUCAGGAGAGAGGGGUUGCCGCCCUCCUGAUCCUAUCGGCUUUCCACACUUGCCCUGGAACUGUUUAAAUGGAGUGACUAUCAAACACCUGUGUUAUACAACUCGCCUGUGUGGAAAUCUUUUCUGUUUUGAAGCUAUCAGGAUGUCACUAUGGAAUCUGCUGGUGAAAGAUCUUACCAGGUGAAAAUCUGGGCCUAUGGAUAGGAGUGAACUGUCACAGGUGGUGACUUUAACAACAUUGAGUUUCAGUGAAAUUAAGGAACAGAAUUGGGUCAGUAUUCUAUUAUAUAGCUGCACAGGUAUUCCAGAACAUUGAGGAACAUUCCAAGAAAGUGUGCUUUCUAUGUGUGUGACAUUCCUGACUAGAGUCCAUCUGCUGAAUUGACAGGCAAGCAGAGCCUGAUACCUACGAACACUGACAUCAUUAUCAUCUGCUGCUGCCUUCCCUGAGGCUAGGGAGCUUCCUGCUGCUGCUGCUGCUGUCUGCGGUUUAGAGCUGUGCAGCACUGGAACCUGUGAGCUCCUUGAGUCUUGAGAAGUAAGCCCACCAUCAGGAUUGGGCCAGUUAGGCUACAGGCAUGGAUGGAAGCGACCUCUGGAACUGUUGUCUGUUGUAUUGUGGUCUUCCUUGGAAGAACUGUUGAGUGGCCUUUGGUUACCAGUUACCAUCCUGGGUAGCAGCUUGUGUUUUGCAGGGACAGUGUUUCCAGCAGGUAGGGAGGUCCUGGAUUCUGGAUUGGUUGUUAAGGGUCCUGCCUUUCCUCAGCCGUGCACCUGGUAUCUGACUGCAUCAGUUUUUGUUGUUGUGAUGUGAAGGGAGGCUGACUGAAAGAGCAGACUGGGUGUUGUGUGGUACAGUGAGAAGAAGUCAUUCCUGGGGAGGUCUGAGCUCGGCCUUCUGACUUGGGCCUUUGAGUGCACCAGCCUUAAACACUGGGGCUGCUUCAGAUUUCCUCAGUUAUCCUGAAUAUUGGAGAUAUUACUGAAUAUUACUGUGGGGCCACCUUCUCUCAGCAGCUGACUUCUGUACUCGCGUACCUGGCACUGCCGGGUGGCGCAGGACCUCCCAGGGUGCAGUGGCAAGUAUGGCAGCUGCUGGUCCUUUCUUCGGGUGCUGAGGGUUGCGGAGGGCAGGUGUGCAGCAGAGCUUACUCUCAAGUCCAGCACACCUCCCAGGUCUUUGUAUUUCCUGAGUUGCUUCCUCCUGUCAAGUCUUCUGUGUUGGAUGGCAUGAUCAUGUGGUCUCAGUAGGAACAGUCACAGUGUUCCCCAUGUCUUAAAGGAUUCUUCUCUUCCCUACCCCUCCCUGUUCAUGUGAAGAACAGAAAGCCUGUGGAAUAAAUCUAGAACUAUGGCAUGGGAGGCAGCAGCUGUAAUGAGAUGUGAGGGCCCGGUGGGUAUACAGGCAGUUCCCAGGGAAGGGCAGUGGGUAGCUCUGGUGCAGACUGUGGGCAGCAUAAUAGACCAGUUAGGUCAGGCGGGGACUGGCUCCCAGCAGGGUUAUUGUGGCAGCUGGAGGCCCCAAGGAGCCUGAUAGGCUGUGACUGAACAGAAAAGGUUCUUCUUUUUUUAAUCUUUUGUUUUUAAAUACUCUUUUUUACACUGUUGUUGGUACUUUUUUUAUGCUUAAGUCAGCAUUGUCUUCCAGUGUUAAAGGCACCCCUUGCCUCUUCAUAGAACUUAUGUGUCAAAACAAAGGAAUGGGCAGAUUGUCCAUCCAAGCCAGUUCAAUUUGAUGUAAAUUCAUAUUGUUUUAAUUUUUUAUGCAAUCUGAUGAGUAGAUGAGCUCAGAUUUAAAAUCCUUAAAAGCACGUUUAUUGUAACCAGAAUUGUUAUGUAAUUAAUACUGCAGUUUUCAAUAAAGAUUGACUUGUGUUGCA